CAGCCCCGGUUUCUUCCCACCACAAGAAGCCGCCUCAGUCACCUCCUGGUGCUGAAGAGGCGAAACCCCUCCCUUGGGACAAAGCAGAGACCGGCAGCGAUGGACGAGCAGCCGCUUGCUGCAGCCGUGGAGCUUUUGGGGGGACCCAUUGAGAUCUAUGAGGAGUGGAUCCGAUCUCACCUGCAAGCCCUGAGGAAGGUGUUGGCGGAGUUUCUGGACUGGAGAAUGAGUGAAGAGAAGCAACAUGUGGACUAUCUGGCGUGGAGCGAAGCCGAGCGGCGCCGCAUCAGGGCUGAGUUUGAGCGGCUGCGGUGGCUGCUGGCGGAGAAGGAGCGCGCGGUGCUGGCCCGGCUGGAGGAGUUCGACGCUGCCUUCAAAGCGGCUCAGGAAGAGAAGUCGUCGUGGGUGGUCGAGGGCAUCGCGCGGCUCCACGGCCUCAUCAGGCAGCUGGAGGCCAAGCGCCUGCCCCAGGAUAUCGGGAGCGUCCUGAGCAGCUGGAGCGAAAUGAAGCUUCAGCUCCUGACUGGGCUCCCCGCUGAGCUGGAGAAGAGCCUGAGCUCCUGCCGGCACCAGCGGGAUGCUCUCCGGGAGGCCCUGAAGGAGCUCAGAGACACAGAGAGACCUGAACCAAAGCCAGGACCUGGGAACCUUCCCGGCAGAGAACAAAAAACAAAGGCGACUGCGGAUCCCAGCCCAGCUCCUCUCCCGCAGCUCUUGGUGGACAGAAAUAGCGUGCGGUGGGAUGAGGAGGAGCGCGACGCAGGAGGGGAGCCCCGGCGGCUUUAUACCUGAGCUGCUCGGGUCGUGCAGGAGCAGCUAGAAAAUGCCUGUGCUCUGCUCCAGCAGCUUGCCCGGCCGCUUUGGUUAGAGGCCGGGCUUGUGGCGCUGCAAAGCCGCCGUUCGCCGUUACGGUAAUAAAACGACUUAAACUGCGCAUA